CAUGGGACUGCCCCGCGCACUAGACGAGUCUGCAAACCUACUGGAGGUGACGGCGGGUGGACGCGGCAGGCGGAGCGGUCGCCCUGCCGGGUGUGUGGACUUGUGCCCCGCGUCCCCUUAAGAGUUCACAGUGGGCCGCCAGAGGCCGCCCUGUGCCUCCUCCUCCCCGCGCCACUGCCAGUCGGUCCAUCGCCUCUAGGGAGGGGCGAAGGGGCCUGCGGCCCCGGCCUCCGAGUUGAUCCGGGAGAGGAGAGGAGAGAAACAGAUCUGCUGCUGCUCGUAGCUCCAUCUCCGGAAGUCUCUGAAUCUCAGAACUUUUUGCAUGAUACGGAGACAGAAAGGAAGAGACAUUACUAGAGCUGCUUCCAUGUACUGGCACUCCCAUGUGGUGUGGAACUUGAAGCUGAGUCACACACGUGGUUAAAGCAGCUACCAUCUCGGAUGAUGUUGAUCUAGAGGAUACACCUUCCUUGUUAGCCUGGCUUCAGGGACCCUGUGUACCUGUGCCAGGCCUCGUGUUGUCCCCAGGCACCAUGAAUGCCAUUGUGGCUCUCUGUCACUUUUGCGAGCUCCAUGGUCCCCGCACGCUUUUUUGCACAGAGGUUCUGCAUGCCCCCCUCCCACAGGGGGCUGGGAGUGGGGACAGCCCUGGCCAGGGGGAACAGGCUGAGGAGGAGGAGGGCGGCAUUCAGAUGAGCAGCCAUAUCCGCGCACAUAGCCCAGCGGAAGGAGCCAGUGCUGAGUCCAGCAGUCCAGGCCCAAAAAAGUCAGACAUGUGUGAGGGCUGCCGGUCACUUGCUGCCGGGCAUCCCGGGUACAUCAGCCACGAUAAAGAGACGUCGAUUAAAUACGUCAGCCACCAGCACCCCAACCACCCGCAGCUCUUCAGUAUUGUCCGUCAGGCCUGUGUCCGUAGCCUGAGCUGUGAGGUCUGUCCUGGCCGGGAAGGCCCCAUUUUCUUUGGGGAUGAGCAGCAUGGCUUUGUGUUUAGCCACACCUUCUUCAUCAAGGACAGCCUGGCCAGGGGCUUCCAGCGCUGGUACAGCAUCAUCGCCAUCAUGAUGGACCGAAUUUACCUCAUCAACUCCUGGCCCUUCCUGCUGGGGAAGAUCCGUGGCAUCAUUGAUGAGCUCCAGGGCAAGGCACUCAAGGUGUUUGAAGCAGAGCAGUUUGGCUGCCCCCAGCGUGCCCAGAGGAUGAACACAGCUUUCACCCCUUUCCUACACCAGAGGAAUGGCAAUGCCGCCCGUUCACUCACCUCCUUGACCAGUGAUGACAACCUGUGGGCCUGUCUUCACACCUCCUUUGCUUGGCUCCUGAAGGCGUGUGGCAGCCGGCUGACAGAGAAGCUGCUGGAGGGUGCGCCCACGGAGGACACAUUGGUUCAGAUGGAGAAGCUGGCGGACUUAGAAGAGGAGUCUGAAAGCUGGGACAACUCUGAGGCUGAAGAGGACACCAAAGCUGUGGCCUUGCUAGAGGGGGCAGAAGGGCGGGAGCUCACCAAGUACCCCACAGACUCUUCCCUGCUCUCCAGCUGUGGGAACUGGCAGGCUAGGAAGCUGUCAGUUUUCAAAUCCUUGCGGCACAUGCGGCAGGUCCUGGGAGCCCCAUCUUUUCGAAUGUUGGCCUGGCAUGUGCUCAUGGGGAACCAGGUGAUCUGGAAAAGUAGAGAUGCAGACCUUGUCCAGUCAGCCUUUGAAGUUCUUCGGACCAUGCUGCCAGUGGGCUGCGUCCGCAUCAUACCCUACAGCAGCCAGUAUGAGGAGGCCUACCGCUGCAAUUUCCUAGGACUCAGCCCCCAGGUGCAGGUCCCCUCCCAUGUGCUGUCCUCAGAAUUUGCUGUUAUUGUGGAGGUCCAUGCUGCUACCCGCUCCAGCCUGCACCCCACUGGCUGUGAGGAUGACCAGUCUCUCAGCAAGUAUGAGUUUGUGGUGACCAGUGGCAGCCCUGUUGCUGCAGACCGAGUUGGGCCCACUAUCCUGAACAAGAUGGAAGCUGCUCUGACUAACCAGAAUCUGUCCGUAGAUGUGGUAGACCAGUGCCUUGUCUGCCUGAAGGAGGAGUGGAUGAACAAAGUGAAGGUCCUGUUUAAGUUCACUAAGGUGGACAGUCGGCCCAAAGAGGACACACAGAAACUCUUAAGUAUUCUUGGUGCCUCCGAAGAGGACAAUGUCAAGCUGCUCAAGUUUUGGAUGACAGGCCUGAGCAAGACCUACAAGUCCCACCUCAUGUCUACCGUCCGCAGCCCCACGGCUUCAGAACCACGUAGCUGAUGCUAUGGUCAUUACUGGUUGGUGAUGACCAUCCUUGCCACCAGCUCAGGGAUGGGUCUUUUCCCUGGCAGUCACUGAUUGUCCUUCCAUUUGUGAAUUUAGAGGGAACAGAACUUGGGCUUCAACUGCUAUCUGUGUGGGAUUGGGCCUGCUGUAGUUCUUAGCACCAAUCCUGAGCUUGACAGAGGCAGUAGGGAAUGUGUGACAGCAGGUUCCCAGUGGAAGAAGACACUAAGGUAAAUAAAUGGGUAUCUGUCAGCUGCUGUGGACUUCAAUCUCACUGUAAGGAAAGACAUGUCAGGUCAGCCUGAUCUUGGAUACUUUAGCUAUCAUAACAUAGCUAAACUAUGUUAAUAUAUCUCAAGGCUAAUAUUUGAACUUUUCUUUCUUUAAACUCAACAGGGUUUCCAGGUUUGUAUGUUUUUGUCAUAAUUGUGAAUUUCCAGGACACACACUGAUUCUUAGUCAUUUUUUUGUAAUCUGCUUUUUGAAGUAGGGCUCUGGGAAAGGCUUUGGGGGGUAGGGAUGGAUGUUUUCCUUAUCUUUAUAGAUCCUCUGGAAUGUCUGUUUUGAAAUCAUAUGACUACCAAGUCUUCUGGAUAUGCUCCCCUGUGGUAACUUUGAAACUUCCCUGCAGACUGGGGAUGUAACUCAACAGCAAAAUCCAUGUUUUGCAUGUAUGAGGUCCUGGGUUCAAUCCCCAGCAUCCCCCCCAAAAAUAAAUAAAUAAAUGAUUUAAAGCAUGGGUUUAAAACGAGAAGGAAAAGAAACGGACCUGUAGGUCGAAACAACCUACAGCUGCUCUGUAAAUAGUAAGCUCAUGACCUUUUUGACAAGAUGUUGCUUUGCUGAUGUGUCAGAUUGAACUCACUGGAUUUGCCUGACUUGCCAUACAUAAAGUUGAAAAACCCUACUUGAUUUUAUUCCUUAUCACUUUGUCCUCUAGUGCUUCUUUAAACAUUGCCAUUUACUGCAGGUAAGUUUUCAGAUCUAGUGAUGUAAGACAGUGACUAAAAUAUUUCAACAGUUUUGCUGAUUUGUUUAUAGUUUUUAAUUUAUAUUUAACAUAAGUAUUAAAUUUAUAUGACUAGUUGUCUAUACCAUGCAAGAAUUUUGGAAUACAAUAAAGAUGUAUUUUUGUAAACUGUU